UCUGCUGGGGAUUAACGUUGUUUUGCUGGGUGUUGGCAGCUCAGGGUCAAGCUCAAGGUCCCUCAGGAGCUGCUCAGCCUCUCCCUCCCCUAGCCAGGGCUGAGCCGACACACUGAGGACUUCAGAGGGGCUGGAGGAUUCACAUGCUCUGUCCUCAGCUCCUCCCCACCUACAUCACUGUCCCCCCUUCUCCUCUGGGCUCCCAAGGUCUCUGUCCCUCCCCAUCACAUGGGCUGGCGAGGAUCAGGGUGCAGAGCCUGAGCUUGGGGAGCACAAGGUGAAGGUGAUGGUGAGAGCAGGGCCUGUGGGGGUGUCUUGGAGCCCCCAAACUCCCCAGUGCUCUUCCCAAAGGAGCCCCCCGUGCCCUGAGCCUUUUCCUCCCCACUCCCUGGGACAGGGCACUCCAUGGAUGACGACCGUCCCCUCUUCAUCACCUUCAAGCCCCUCGCCGAGGACAGCACAGCCAGAGCCAAGCCAGCACCCACCAGCACCCCCAGCCAGCCCCAGGGGGCAGAGCAGCCGCCAGGAUGUCACAGCAGGCAUGGCAGGGUCCCUCCAGGCUUCUGGCCACCCCCAGCAGCCCAGUCCCUGCCCGAGGGGGAGCCGUGGCCGGAGCGGGUGGCCCUGCGUGCCCGCACCAGGCUCUGGUUUGAGCAGACACAAGCGCAGAGGUUGGGGCCCGAGGGGGAGCUCCCCUCGUGGUUCCAUGGCUUCAUCAGCCGCAGGGAGGCCGAGCAGCUGCUGCAGGAUCAGCCCCUGGGCUGUUUCCUGGUGCGCUUCAGCGAGAGCACCGUGGGCUUCGUGCUGUCCUACAGGGGCAGGGAUCGCUGCCGGCACUUUGUCCUGGACCAGCUGCCGGACGGGCGCUACGUGAUCCUGGGCGAGAGCAGCGCCCACGCCGAGCUGGCCGAGCUGCUGCGGCACCACGGCACCGCCCCGGUCACACCGUACCGCGAGUUCCUCACCGUGCCCCUGCCCUGCCGGAAAGAGGAGCCCCGAGGGCGGGCACAGCCCCCGGCUGGCGGUGCUGCUGCACAUUCCCCACCGAGCCAAGCACCGGCCAAGCUCCCGGAGUUCAGCCCCGUGUCCCUGGAGUGCCCCAGAGCCGAGGGCGGCUCCGCCAGAGAGGCUCCCGGGGUGCCACCGUCGCUCCCUGCCAAGAGCAGCUCCCGGGGCGCGGCUCGGGGGCUGCCCAGCCCCUCCGGCAGCGCGGCAGCCCCCGAGGUCCCCUAUGCCCAGGUGCACAAAGAAUCCGCCCGCCCCGAGCCCCCCGAGGCCAAGUACCAGCAGCUCAUGUGUUUCCACAUCUACCCCGAGCUCCGCGAGGAGACGGACCCCAGCCCCUCAAGACACUGCGAGCCCCAGGAGCCCACCCCCGGGGGACACAUCCCCGGGGGACCCCCCAGCCCCGAGGGACCCAUCCCCGCGGAGCCCAUCCCCUUCUAUGCCAUGGCCCGCGGUUGGAGCUCCCGUGCCAGCCCCGAGGAGAACGUCUACUCCGAGGUGGCACUGGCCCGGCAGGAUGUGCCUGCCCGGCUCCCCACAGCCCCCCAAAAUGCCUUCUCCACGCUGCCCCCCAAAGGCCGGCCCCACCGCCGGCUCCUGCGCAGCGUUUCCAGCCAGGACUGCAGGAGGAGGCAGCUCUCGGCGGCUCCCAGCACGGACAGGAAGGACAGAGGAGCUCCCAGCUCAGGCACACAGGUUGUUCUGAAGCCUGAGCUGGAGCUGGAUGACCCCGUGUACAGCAGGAGCACACCCAGGGAGCAGCAGCCCACGGCUGAGAAUGUGUACGAGCAGCUGCCUGGGGACUGCCCCUGAGCCUCCCAGGCAGGAGGGACCUCAGCCCCCAGCUCACUGCAGGAAGCCCCUGGCCCUGGGAGGAGAGCUCCAAGGCUGCUGUUGGACCCAGCUGGUGAUGCCAAUCUGCUCCAUGGGGAGCUCUUCCAGCUUCCCAGCCCUGUUGGACAACACAGGGGGGAGCCUCACCUCACCCAUGAACACAUUCCAAGAGACUUCUGUUAAUAAAAUGAGGGAGAAAAGCUGUUACAGGAAAACCAGGGAUGAGUUUGGCACAGUUGGUGCAUGCAGAUGGAUAUUAAAAUGGCCAGAAACUGGAGUGAUGCUACACUGAACCUCCCCAGCCUGCAGCCAACACUCCAAGCCCUGCCUGCUUCCUCAGCCACAAAAUUUUGGAGGACACCACUGUCCCAGGGCUGUCCCGUGGGGCACAAACCCUGGUGAGCCACAGUGGAGCUGGGCAGUGUCAGUGGUGCUCCCAGCCCAACAGGAGCAGGGAGCCAGGAUGGCCAAAGCCCUGGCUUGGAGGGAAAAGGAGGGUUGGAGAACUGUAGCUGUUUUUAUCUCUGGGAAAAUUCACUUCUGACCUUUCACAAACAUGAAUUUUGUUGCUCUUAGAGGGCUGAAAGUGGAACACAAGCCCUUGGAACUUCCCUUGGUGCUAAAGCCAAGGCAUUACCCCAAUGAGAAAUGGAAAGGGGAACCUGGGAGUUCCACCCCCACACUGCAAACUCCCCAGCCAAGAGGGUACCUGGAUGAGGAUCUGACCCCUUGGGAUGGAAACAGGGCUGGGUGGGUUCAUUUAG